GUCUCUCAGUUCUUCUUCAUUCUGCUCCCGACGCUCCGGCCGGCCGCGCAAUCGGAGCUCUCCACCGCCUCCGUCUCCCUCCGCAUUAUGGAAAGUCACAGCUGUUUCUUCGCGGUGGCGCUGGUCGUCUCCUCCUCCGUUCUCUUCGCUUCCGGCGACUCCCUCCGUCCUUUCGCCCGAGGAUGGUACUCUGCCACCGCAACAUGGUACGGAAGCCCCGACGGCGACGGCAGUGACGGUGGGGCGUGCGGGUACGGGACGAUGGUGGACGUGAGGCCGUACAGGGCGAGGGUGGGGGCGGUGAGUCCGGUGCUGUUUAAGAACGGCGAGGGCUGCGGCGCCUGCUACAAGGUCAAGUGCUUGGACGGGUCUAUAUGUACGAGAAAGGCAGUCACGGUGAUUAUCACUGACCAGGCUCCUGACCGCUUCAGUGACCGUCCGCUUCUCGACCUCAGCGGCGCCGCCUUCAGCCGCAUGGCCGUCACCGGCUACAGUGGCAGCCUCCGUAACCGCGGCGAGAUGCCCGUCAUUUACCGCCGGACGAAAUGCAAGUAUCCAGGGAAGAACAUAGCCUUCCGGGUGAACGAGGGCUCAACCGGAUAUUGGCUUUCCCUUUUGGUCGAGUUUGAGGAGGGCGAUGGAGAUAUUGGCUCCAUGCACAUCCGACAGGCGGGGUCAGAGGAGUGGUUGGAAAUGCAGCAGAUAUGGGGGGCGAACUGGGUGAUCAACAGCGGACGGUGGCCGCUGAGAGGCCCUCUUUCCGUGAAGCUCACAACCCUCUCCACCGGAAAAACCCUCGCCGCUAGAGACGUCAUUCCCGGCAAUUGGUCUCCCAGAGCCACUUACACUUCCCGUCUCAACUUCCGCGCCUAAUUCCAUUCUUCCAUUCCUAGCAAUAUAUUAUGGCUGGCCGGCGCGACACACCAUCCAUCGCACCUUUCUUUAAUCCUUUUUUAUAAAGAAGAAAGGGAGAAUCGCGUUGCACAAUUGUGACACCAGAUAUGACACCACCGCUCUGUCUGUGUCUAAAACACAAUUAUUGUUGGGAGAGUAUUAUAUCUGGUGUCAAAUUGGGUGGCCUUUUGUAUCAAAUUAGUCAUGUGUGGCCGGGUAUGUGGUGCUGCGGGUGUUAUAAUUAGUAGUGUGUGCUUGCGCAGCAGUACGUGGCGUAGCCCUCUCCAAAGGAGAGUGAGCUCUUCACUCUCAUAUCAUCAUUGUUUUUUUAUUUUAAUUAUUACGCAGUAUUAAGUGUUAACUAAUCUAUUGUUGUAAUUGUAUUACUCUAUGCAUGUGAGUGGGUUGAAUUGGUUAACUGCCAGCCAGCUAGCGCCAAUGGGUUUGUCGUCUUUCUCUUCUCUGUGUAUGCAUGCUGUGUUUGGUCACUUUGGUGCAAUCCGUCCAGUGCAUGUGAAAUGUUUAUUGCUUAUCUACUCAAUUGGGGUAACGGAUUGAUGAAAAUGUUAGUGAACACCAAACAUUUUGGUGUAUCUUAAACCCUAUAUUAUAUCCUUAUUCAUAUUGAAUAAAUCCAGCUAGUGGUA